UUUAUUUUUUUCAUUUCAGCAAAGCAUAACGCACAAUCAUUAUUAAACUGCAUGACAAAAUAGAUCCGCAAUACUGGUAUCUGCCAUACAUCUAUCUAUCUCAUCACAAUUAUCAUCAAUCGCUGACAUCGUUUUGUCGUCCACUAGCCGACAGCCGUGGAGUGCGAAUGCAGCAGGGAGUAAAUAAAAAUAAAAAUAAACAUGAGAUAUUAGUAGCAGUCAGUAGUAGGCUUUGAACAUGUGUGUUGGUUGACAAGAGAUCCCUCCCGCACGCAAGUUCCGCAAUGAUUCUCACACCAAAGCGAAGUGAUUCAUAAAACUGCUGCUGCUAGAGGUUGAUGCGUGUGUGUGCGAGACCAAGUAUUUACGUUCGGCGAUACCGCUGCUUCUAGCAAACGACCUGCUGCUGGCUGAUAUAACUGUGAAGUUUGAGUGCUGAGCAGCCGACACCCAGCUGACAACUUUCCGAGAGAAAGAGUGACCCUCGAUGUGUGCGUGUGUAUCAGCGCGCUCAUGUUCUUCGGUCAUCCAUCUUUGAUUCAGCCAUAAUAUACCAUCACUGCAACCUAUUCGCCUUAGCGGAACGGAACUCUUCGGGAUAUUACUACUGCACGGCUCGUCCAGUGGGAAGAGUUGGCGUAUCUGCCCGCGCUGCUUAGUGGUAGCUUUCGUAUCUGUGAAUAACUGUUUAGCUAUCGAAUUAGUCAUUCGAUUUGUCGGUAAUAAUCGGAAGUGAUCGAAAGAGAGUGUGUGGGGCAGGGCAAUCGGGGUAGCACUGUAGCAGCAAGAAUCCCUGUGUGCUGUGCUGAGCGAGAGGUAGCGGUGAGAAGAGCUGGGCAAGUUAGAAUAUGGCUGUGUUUUUGAUUAACAUAUGUAAGUUCAAUGGUUGUGGCAUUACGUUCCCGAGUUUGGGAGACCUGAUCCAGCACAUCGAGGAUACCCAUAUAGAUUACGAUUCACAGAUCCUUGGCCAAAAGGAAAAAUCCCAGUCUACAUGUCUUCCGUUGAGUUACGUGUUACGUUUCAUCACUGAUCCUACGCGCAAGGAUAGUUCUCUUACCAAUGGUAGCGCUGGAGGGGGUUUGGCGAGCAAUGCUUCCGGCCUGAAGGUAACCCUCAGCGGUGGUAGUGGUCCCGGUAACGCUGGCUCCGAUGGGACAGGUUACCAAAGUACACCUCCAGGAACACCGGGCAGCACAACGUCGUCAUUGCAUGGUGGCAACGGAAGUGGUCUCGGGUCUACUACCGGCAGUGGACUCACGAAUACCGGCGGCGGUGGACCCGGGGUAGGAUCAGAUGGGAAAGCUAGCUCGACUGGAUCGGCUGGUACCGACAUCAAACGAAAGAAUGCCAUCAAACAUCACAGUUACAGCAUGUCAUCCUCGAAUCGGAGUACAACGCCAACGGGGAGUGAAAUGGACGAUGACGAUAUGAUGGUUUCCGAAUCGGAAGACAGUAACGAUUCGUGGACUACCGAAGAGUUCAGUUCGGAGUUCAUCAUGCGGUAUGGCAGCAGGCGACAUUCGUCAUCCGGUGGUAAUGGUCUGAACUCGUCCAACGAGAAACCCUUUGCAUGUCCUGUUCCCGGUUGUAAGAAGCGGUACAAAAAUGUCAACGGCAUCAAGUAUCACUCGAAAAAUGGUCACAAAAAAGAUGGAAACCGUGUUCGGAAAGGUUUCAAAUGCCACUGUGGCAAGAGCUACAAAACGUCCCAGAGGCUAAAGAACCACCAGCUAACUGUCCACCAGAACUCGUCUUCGCAGGACGGCCCAUCGCUCCAGUCAUCGAGUGGCGGGGGUGGCUCAGCGACACUCGUCCAACAGUCCUCGUCAACUUUAUCGUCAGCGUCGUCGUCUUGUUCGUCUUCUGUGUCGUCCAUCGUUGCAUCCGUAUGUUCCUCGGUUAAUAAUAAUAAUACUAAUAACAGUAGCAGUAGCAAUAGUAGUAAUAGUAGCAGUAAUGCAGGGGUUGGUGUGACUCUUAGCGUUGCCGGAGCCGUUGCCAUCCCCGCCGCACCAGCAUCUAGUCAAAUUGCUUCAUCGUCAAGUUCGUCAUCGUCUUCUCAAGCUGGUUCACCUAACAGUAAAUAUGACAACCUCGGCAUCCUGACGCCUGCAACAUCCCCGAAACUGACCCUGGUCGGGACGGGUACCGUCAGUCAAGAAAAUUUGCUCCCCAUGACGCCAAUCAGCCCUGGUCCUGGUACCACCGUGGCCACAAGUGGCGGUGGAGGCUCAGGGAGCGGAGGAUCUGUCGUAAGUAGCAAAAAUGUAUCCACGGUAGCUCUCGUGGCCCAGUUGCACACCGAAGAGACGUAGCCGAUACUCAAGAACCUUUUGUUGAGGAAAUGUUGAAGUCGAUCAUUGGAAGAACUGCGUUACGUGGGAGAAUCUUAUCCGACGUUUGCAGUUCGUAUGUUUUGUCAUCUGUUUUAGUAAGAAAAUUUAGUAAAGAUUAAUACGCUUUUAUCUAUAUCGAUACCGUGGUCAAGUACAGAGAUAUAAAUAAUUUAGACAAAUACAAUUCAAAUAUUCAAAAUAUUAAAAUACACAAACACACGUAUAUUACAAUAGAUAUCAAGUUCGCGGCUUCAAGGGCGUUCGUGUGUAUUCAGGAUAAUAAAAUCAGUGUUUCAUUCAAAUUAAUUGUUGUAGAACGGUAUCAAACUGAUAAGAUUAAUAUAUAGCUUGAUCUUGUACAGGAAAGUAAUCCUUUUCGUAAAGAUAAAUGUUAAAACGUAGUCCUGAAUACCCUGAAGCAAAAAAUUACAACACACAUUCAACCCAUUUCAGACUGCAUUUUCUGUCAAAUUUUGUCACCAGUGGACUUUAAACGCUACCAUUUAUUCGUUACUAUCUGCGUACUUAAGUAGACCCUUUCGUUAUCCUUGGAGUAUCUUUUGAUUGUUUUCAAAUUAAACAAAUUGAGAAGAUUUCUUUUAUUGCGCUAUCAACAAACUAUUCUAUCACGAUUCUAUUCCUGACACAGCUUCAAACAAUACGGACAUUGAAUAUAAAAUAUUAAGCUACGAAAAGAAUACAAAAUCCCAGAGGUAUCACUCUUUAAAUUCAAAUUCAAUAAUCAAAGAAGAAUAAUAAUUCCGAUCUCAGAGUACUGUCACAAUGCCGCUUGUAGGCCGAGAAAAAUGUUUGAGCUACCCCUUGGGAAGAACUUCAACGAAAUGUUAAUAACUUUUUCUCGGGAAGCGCAAGACAGCUCUUCACGAACUGAUAGGAAUACACGCUAACGAUACCAAAUUUAAUUAGUAAUUUACGCAUAUAGAUCUUAACGGUUGCAUCUGAACGGGAAAAGUAAUAAUCAAGAUAUUGCGUUAAUUUAUGGUUUUUUUUAUUUAAAUUUGAAGCUUCAUCCGCCACUUAACGCGACGGGAUCAUCGGACGCUAAAUGGCAGAAAACAAUUAUAAUUUGAUUACUGAAUCGGUAUUCUUUGGUUGUGAUAAAAAACAUACUACAAACAUAUAAAAAAAAUCGAACGAAAUUCCCUGCAUAGUUCGGUUCUUGAAUCACCUAAACUAUGAUAAGAGGCUAAACGACAAGAAACCAUCUAUGUAACUAAUUGGAAACGCACCUAAAUGAUACAAGAAAUAAUUGAUUCUUGCAAAUAACCAACCUAUCGAAAAUAUUU